AUGAAAACCAAAGAGUGUUAUCUGAAGAGCAUCGUCCUGAGACCUGGAGAUCAACUGAAAAUACAAGGAAAAGUUGCCAGUGAUGCAGAGAGGAUCCGGAUUGAUCUGGGUGCUGAUGAGGACAACCUGGCCCUUCACUUCAACCCACGAUGGGACGACGCUGCAAUUGUUUGCAAUUCAAAGCAUGAAAGCACUUGGGGAGAGGAAGAAAGGCAUGACAAUCCACUCCAGAGAGGUGCAACUUUAAAGAUUUUAAUCAAGCUCACUGGCAACCUUUUUGAGGUAGAACUGCCCAAUGGAGAGGAGCUUACGUUUCCCAACAGAGAAGGCAUGGAGGUCAUCAACUACAUUAGGGUCAAAGGUGACUUCAAGAUCACCUCUUUCAAGCUCAUUUAACACUGGAGAUGGCUCUGAACUCAA